AUGAAUGCAACGACAUCAGCGAAGUAUGCUAGUCGAGAAAAGAAAGAAAACAAAAAGCCUCAAGUCGCUCAACCAUUGACUCCCCUCCAAGCUCAAAUUGAGCGCAACAAAGAAUGGAUCGAUAAAAUGUCGCCCGUUAUCAAAUACAAAAUUCAGGAGUACAUCAAAAAGCAGAAAAGCAAAAAACUGCAGCGCCGCAAAUUCUCAAUCGCAUGUGGCCUUCCAACUCGAUCAACACCACGAAGUCGCUCGAAACGAGCUCAAUCAACGAAUGGAAAACCACAAAAACAACUAGUCGAUCGUGCAAUUCGACCACAUCCAGUUCCCCAACCAACACCAGUAGAAAAUCGUAGAAAAUCGGCACCAGCCGGUAGUGUCGAUUUUGACGGUCUUCUCAAUGAUUUGGAGUAA